CCAGCGCCACUGCCAGACGGCGGCGAGCAGUGUCGUUGCGGUGUGUCAAAUUUGCUGUGGAGAAAAUUUUGCUGCGGAGUACUUUAUUGUAUUUUUGAGGCAUUUCCGGGUGACGGAGAGUGGAUACAGUGGACGAGAUGGACAACAACAGCAACCACCCACCGGUGAGGGGUGGUUUUCGCGGCCGGGGGCCGUACAGAGGCUUCGAUAUGCGCGGCCGUGGCCGGGGGCGCGGUAUGGGACGCGGCGGGCCAAUGGGCGGCCGCGGGAUGCCGCCCAUGAUGCGAGGACGGGGCUUUAUGCGAGGUCCACGCGGAAUGGGGCUCGGGCCGCGCGGAAUGGGCCCACCAAGGUCAUCGCGUGGCAUGGGCAGGAGUCAGGGCCCCGGCGGACCUCCAGGUACGAACGACGAGGACGCGGCGCCCAGGUGUCUCACCACGGUUUCGACCUUUGCAGGCUCGAACAAUACGGCGGCGCCCGAGGAUGGCUCACCCAUCCAGACCACCACGUCCGCCGGCUCCGCGCGGGGCGGCUUCCCGCGGGGCCGUUUUAUGCGCGGUCGUGGCUCUUUCGGCGGCCCCGGGGCCCCCAACAACACCACAAUUCCCGGCACGGGACCCGAUCCCAAGCCCUUCAACCGCUCAGACGGCGGUAAGCCGCGCGGCUACAUGGGGCGCGGCGGCUUCAGGGGCGGCUUCAGCAGGCCCAUGCGGGGCAGCAACCUGCUGACGCCCCAGGGCAAUGGAAAUGUGGCCCCCGUGCCGUCGCUAAAGCGCAACGGGCCUGGAGGCAUGCCCGGGCCCAAGCGGGGGCGCUUUGACUCGGGCCCACCCGCGCGAGGCUUCGCCCCAAAGCCCAACUACGCCCAGUCAAAUCCCUCGCACAUGAACCAAUACAGCCAACCGCAAGCGGCGCCCAAUCACCAGGGAUAUUCGGUGCACGAUGGAAAUCACCAGCAAGGCAUGGAUCCCUAUGCGCAGUCUUAUCAACAGGCUCCGCCGCAGAAUUACAGCAACAACGGCUACGCCCAGACGGGCUACACUGAUCCGAAUGUGCAGAGCACAGGCUAUGCUCAGACCACCGGAUAUGAGCAACACUAUCCGGACUACAACAAUUCAAACACGUAUGGCACGCAAGACAAUCGGUAUCAGUACAACAACACGCAGGACUACCAAAGCGGAGGCUAUGGAACGACUACCGAUGGCUACAAUGCCGCUCCGCAAGAUCCCUAUCAGCAGUCUUCGUACGAUGACAGAACAUACAACACGAGUUAUGAUACCACUGCAUAUAAUCAGGGAUCGUACCAAAAUCACGCCACUGGCUAUUACUAAAGGAGCCACUUUUUGGCCACAGCGAGACGAUAGAGAGAAAAUCAUUGCUGAGAGAAGAGAAUUUUACAGAGGACGCAAGAAAGGUAAGAUAGUCAUGUAAGCGAAUACAAAAGAAAAGAGAGGAAGAAAAGGAGAAAAAUAGGGAUUAGUAUAGAAGUUUACUGGUUAAUAUCUUGAGUAUGAGAAAAAAUAAAACUUACUGACAAACAAAGAAAAAAAAACAAAUAAGAGGGAUAUAAUAAUGAGAACACAUACAUAUUAAUCAAAAUAAAAAAAGAAAAGGGACUAAAAAGAUGAAAAUGAAAAGAAGAAUUAUUGAAAAAAGGCAGAAGUAAUGGAAACUUUACAAAUGAAUAAUAAUUGAAUUGAAAUGAUGUUGAAAAUACUGCACGAUUAAAUUCUACUGAAUUUUGUACUUUCCGUACAGUGAGUUUUUUUCGUUUUAUCAAUAAGAUUAUUGAGAAAGUUCUUUACAACAAAAUUAAGGUUUUAACUUUGUGAUCUCUAUAAUUAUCAAGAUUUUUUUUUCUUUAAUAGCCAAGAUGAAAAAGUGACUAUCUUUCUAUAUCAAAUUUCUUUAAUGACCAAAUUAAUGUUUUUAUUCACACGGACACAAUUAUUAGACCAUUGAAAAGUAUCUUCAAACAAGGAGAAAAAAAGAGUAUGAAGAGAGAAAGAUUAAUAAUAAUAAUAAUAAUUAACUAGAUAAUAUUGAAGGAAAUAUUGAAUGAUAAAUUGUUCUCCAAGUUUAUUCACAAUUUAUAUAUUAAACGCAAGGAUAACAUUUUAGUAGGAAUAGUGAAAGAUGAAAUAAAAGUGGAAAAUAACUUAGAGUUUCACUACAAGAUUCGGAGAACAAUAUUUUGCGCGGAAGAAUCUUCGUGAGUUUGAAAAAAGAAAUUAAAAAGAAAACAGGUAGAAAAUGGCAUGAAAAGAAUUGCAAAUCACAUUUAGAAAGCUCUUCGUGAUUGUCAAAAGAUAGCAGAUUGUGAGUAGUAAAAAAGUCCUUUUUUAGGCGCAUUUUAGUGACAACCUUGACUUUAACCAUCAUUUGUAAUAAUUGUAAUAUUUACCUUUAUUCACGAGUAAUUUGUAUGUUUAUGAAAUUCAUAUGUGUGUGUGUAGAAGAUUAUUGGACAGAUGCACUAUAGUUGCUAAAUCCUACCUUAUAUAUAUAUACUUACAGAAUAUUAUUAGAUUUUAGGGUUAGGAUAAUUUUUUUAUCAAACAAAACAAUGAAAUCUUCAAAUUCAAUCCGCCGUGCACGAUUUUGCACUGGUCAAAGACAGGAAAAAAUGUAGGUUUUUGAAUGCUUUCAAACAAAAAUAGGCAAAAAGUUUAUAUAGCAUUAUAGACUCAAGGACUCUGUAUGUGUGUGUAUUUGUUAAAAAAAUAUAUAUUCUGUGGCAUUGAUAAUUAAAAUGAUAUUCUGAGAAUUCUAAAAAUGGCAUUUGAUGAAG